AUGGCUGCUUUCAAUGACUGCAUUGAUGACUUGGGCAUGGAUGAUCUUCGCAGGACUGGUCCUAUGUUCUCUUGGAGCAAUAAAAGGGCUGGGAGCUACCAUAUUGAUUGCAAGCUUGAACGAAUUAUUGUCAAUGAUAAUUGGCUUGCCUCCUUUCCCUCUUCCUCUGCUACCUUUGACACCCCCGGAAUUUCUGACCAUAGUCCUAUUUCCCUAUCUAUUCAGCCUUACAACCCCUUUGGUCCUAAACCUUUCAAGUACUUUGACAUGUGGUCCUCUCACCCCACUUUUCUUGCAACAGUCAAGGAUGCCUGGGACAAGCCUGUCCAAGCAUUUUCUUCCCCCCUUAUUGCUUUUGCUAGGAAGCUCAGGAAUGUGAAAGAAGCUCUCAAAGAUUGGAACACCAAUACUUUUGGCAAUAUAUCCCAGCAGGUCCAGGAUUGCAAGGAUAAGCUCUCUACCAUUCAGCUGCAAAUUCAAUCAGAUAUCCUGAAUUGUCAACUUGCUGCCAAUGAAAAGGUUGCCUCCCAAGACCUAUCUGUUCUUCUCUCACAGGAGGAAAGUUUCUUAAGGCAGAAGGCUAGGAUUAAAUGGCUGGAGCUAGGGGACUCUAACUCAGCCUACUUCCACAGAUCUUUGAAGUCUAGAACAAACGUCAAUUCCAUUUUACAGCUGGCUGGCCCUGAUGGUUCUCCUGUUACUACUGUGAAAGACAUCAAAGAUAUGGCUCUCCUACUUUAA